CUAGCAAAGAGACGGCGGACACACGGACCAACAGACAGACCGACCGACCGACCAACUAAGAGGAGAAACGAACUCAGCCCCCAUCCCUCCAUCCAGCCCUCCAGCCGCGACGUGAGACAAACAGAAGGACUCGAAUCAUCAUCAGGACCCUCAUCACCCUAUAUCACCCUCGGGAGCGGUCGCUAGGUGGACCGCCGUGAUCCUUAGAGCGGCUGACAGGUUCGACCUCGCUCCGUUCCAAGGCGAGUAGCCUGGACGUCGUUCGUGAAAUUGCAUCAUGUCCAAAUCCGCCACCUCCAUGGCCAGCGCCCGCCCCAUUCACAAGGACGAAUUCGAUUCGGACUCUGAGGAGGAGGCCGAAGCUAUGGCUGUCGGACCCCCGAUACGGAGUGCGCCCAAACCGGCCGAUGAGGAGGAUGACUCGGAUUUUGAAGACCCGGAUGAGAUCGAGGUGCCAGGCGGGGGCUCCACCUUACAAUAUGUGCCCUCGGGCAAUGAGCCGGCGCCUUCUACCUCGUCCAUGCCCGCUCUGCCCACGCUGCCCACGCUGCCCAGUGGGUCGAGUCUACUCCGCGGGUCCAUGUCCCAAAUCAAGCCCAAUAACAGCCUAUUGAAACGGACCCCCGCCCCUGCUGCUAAGAGUAAUGUUUCCAUUCCGCUCAUUGACCUGGAAGACGAUAGCGGAUUGGAAAUAUUGAAAGAGAUUCCGGGCCAUUCAGCCCGUGGCUUUGGCGGGCCUUCCAUGUCCUCAUUGGCCGCCUUAGCCGGCAUCGGCGGCGAUGUGGGCGGCGUGCUCGGGGCCAAUGGCUUCAACCCCUUUCUCCCGGCCAGCGUGUUGUCGGCUCAGGAUCCGUUCUUCAUGAAACAAGGCUUGGGUGGACGCAACAAUCCCACCGAUAUUCUACAGAAAUCCCUCCAGAACGGCGGUCUGUCCAGACUGAUGGGCAUGAAUCCGUACUCCAUGUCGGGCAUGAGCGGCUUCCCACCAGGCAUGAACAACUACGCCCUAGGGUCCGGCGGUGGCAUUAUGUCCGGACCGCUUCAAAGCCGACAAAUCUCGAACUUGUGGCUCAACUCUGGUUACCGACAUCAAGGCGAGUCUCAAGAAGACGAGGAGGUCGCCAACGAGGACGAAGACGAUAUGGGAGUCAUCGAAACCUACUCCAACUAUUGGCCGUCCAAACUCAAGAUUGGCAAGAGCCAUCCGGACCCAGUGGUAGAAACCGCCUCUCUGGCCAGUGUUGAGCCCCCGGAUGUUUGGUACGACCUCUCCAUCCCAGACCCAACCAUAGACGAAGGCAAGCUCUCGGCUCUGCAAUUGGAAUCCAUCACUUACGCCUCACAACAGCACGAAAAAUUCCUGCCCGACGGAAAUCGGGCUGGAUUUCUCAUCGGCGACGGUGCGGGUGUGGGCAAAGGACGAACCAUCGCGGGAUUGAUCUUUGAAAACUACUGCAAAGGUCGUAAGCGAGCUAUUUGGGUCUCUGUGUCCAAUGACUUGAAAUAUGACGCCGAGCGAGACCUCAAAGACAUUGGAGCCGGACACGUCGAGGUCCACUUCCUCAGCAAAAUGAAAUAUGCCAAAAUCAAUUCCUCCACUAACAAUAACGUGCGCAAAGGCGUGAUAUAUGCCACGUAUUCCGCUCUGAUCGGCGAAUCCCAGGCCGGGGGAAAGUACAAGACAAGACUAAAACAAUUGCUCCAUUGGUGUGGUGAGGACUUUGACGGACUCAUUCUGUUCGACGAGUGCCACAAAGCCAAGAACUUGUGUCCCAAUGGAGCGGGGAAGCCCACCAAAACCGGCCAGACCGUCCUUGAGCUUCAGCAGAAGCUACCUAAGGCCAGGAUCAUCUACGCUUCGGCCACAGGGGCCUCCGAGCCCAAGCACAUGGCUUACAUGGUUCGAUUGGGGAUAUGGGGUCCUGGCUCUCCUUUCAAAGAUUUUAGCGAGUUCUUGGGCGCAGUGGAGAAACGGGGCGUGGGCGCGAUGGAAAUCGUGGCCAUGGAUAUGAAGCUCCGGGGAAUGUACAUUGCUCGUCAAUUGUCAUUCCAAGGCGUGGGUUUCCGCGUGGACGAGAUCGAGAUCCCACGGGAUAUCGUCGACAUCUACAACAAGUCGGUGGACUUGUGGGUGGAUUUGUUGCACAAAUUCGAGGAAGCCGCCGCAUUGGUGGAUGCUGACAAGAAGAUGAAGAAGACAAUGUGGGGCCAAUAUUGGAGCUCUCAUCAGCGGUUCUUUAAGUACUUGUGUAUCGCAGCCAAGGUCAGACAUGUGGUCAAAAUCGCCUCAGAGGUGAUCAAGAUGGGCAAGUGUGUAGUCAUUGGUCUCCAGUCCACGGGUGAAGCCAGAACGAUCGAGGCCAUCGAGCGAGAAGAGGAACUCACCGACUUUGUAUCCACUGCCAAGGGCGUGCUCCAAUCCUUGAUUGAAAAGCACUUCCCCGCCCCUGAUCGGGCCAAGAUCAACCGCCUGUUGGGCAAAACCUCGAUUCUAGACGACCUCGGUAUCAAAACAGAGGACAAAAAGAGCAUUCCGAUCAUCCCCAUACCCUCGUCGUCGUCGUCCUCGAUCACUUCAUCGGUGAAAAACGAAAACGGAAACGGGAAACGGAAACCGAAACGACAGGCCUCACAACGAAAGAAGAAGAUGAAAUUCGCCAUGGAUUCUGGCGAGGAUUCGGGCUCAGAUUUCGAAAUGUCCGAGGAUGAAGACGAAGAUGACGACGACGACGACCACGACGACGACGACGACGAUGACAUCGAUGAAGAUGCUUCGGAAGAGGAUUUUAAUCCCUUUGGAUCGGGUAGCGAUGACGAGGACGACCCUUGGGCAAGAAAACGCAAGCAAAAGAGGGUGAACAAGAAGAAGCCGAAAAACCAAAAAGGAAGAGAACGGCGGCUUAGGCGGCACUUUGGCCACUCCCAACGCUUUUAUCAACCAAGGACCCCCUCAAAGUAACGUCGAUCGAGCUUGUCAGAUGAAACAGGAUUUUUUAGCACGAAUAGAACGUCUCGGCAAUGCCCUCCCCGCCAACACGUUGGACCAGCUCAUUGACGAAUUGGGUGGACCCGAGAAUGUGGCCGAGAUGACUGGCCGAAAAGGUCGUGUCGUCCAGGACGAAAACGGCGAUGUCCGUUAUGAAUCACGCUCAGAACAAGACAUUCCCCUGGAGACGCUCAAUCUGCACGAGAAGGAUCGAUUCAUGCGAGGCGAGAAAGAUGUGGCCAUCAUCUCGGAGGCGGCCUCCAGUGGAAUCUCACUCCAAGCGGAUCGCCGAGUAAAGAAUCGCAAGCGACGUGUGCACAUGACUUUAGAAUUGCCGUGGUCUGCGGAUCGCGCUAUCCAACAGUUCGGUCGAACCCAUCGAUCGAACCAAGUGUCCGCUCCCGAAUACAUUCUACUCAUAUCCGACCUGGCCGGAGAGCACCGAUUCGCGUCCAUCGUGGCCAAACGUCUCGAAAGUCUGGGUGCUCUAACGCACGGUGAUCGUCGCGCAACGGAAUCUCGAGACUUGUCUCGAUUUAAUAUUGACAACAAAUAUGGUCGAUCGGCUCUCGAAGCCACUUUCAAAGCCAUCAUGGGCUACGAAAGUCCCGUGGUCAAACCUCCCUCCGAUUACAAGGGAGAUUUCUUCAAAGAUAUCGCCGACGGUUUAGUUGGUGUAGGCCUCAUAACUCAAAGUGAAGACUGUCCUGGAGUUCUGACUCUGGACAAAGGCUAUAAUGACAUCUCGAAAUUCCUCAAUCGCAUCCUCGGGAUGAAAGUGCACCUACAGAACAUGCUCUUCAAAUACUUCUCCGACACGCUCGAAGCCAUUAUCAGUCAAGCCAAACGCUCCGGAAAAUACGACCAAGGCAUUCUGGACGUGGGCGUGAGCGAAGAGGAUCACGUGGAAUUGGUUCGCACUCACAGUUUCAAGCAGAAACACGCCACAGGAACGGCCAAAAUCGAGUUACACGUGCUCCAUGUAGAGCGGGGCAUGUCUUGGGACGCAGUGAAAGAAAAGUGGGAAGAACUGGUGGGCGUGGACGAGGGAUUUUAUGUAUCACAUCAAGUGAGGAACGGCAAGAAGACGGCCAUACUAGCAGUUCAGGUUGAAGACGAAAAGCGCACGUCCACGGGAGGAAAGCGGGAGAAGAAGUUCCUCAUCUAUCGGCCCAACACUGGUCAACAGGUGAAACAAGAAACGUUAACCGAACUGAAGAAGAAGUACAAGAAAGUCGGCAAGGACGAGGCCGAGUCCCAUUGGAAGGCGCAAUAUCAAUCCUCGGUUAAAACUUGCUCACACGCCUACUGGAAAGGUAACUGCAAGAACAUGACAAUGGGCAUGAAGUGCGAGAUAGGGCUUCGCCGAAAGACCUACAAUGUUCUUUGUGGGUCCGUAUUAUCCGUUUGGACCAAAGUGGAAGAGGUGCUCACUCACGAUGGAAAUCGCAGAGGGGCUGCAUCAAAAAUGCAGGUUGUCAGAUUAAAAUUGGAAAACGACAAGAGGAUUGUGGGUUCCUUGAUCCCCAAUUCGGCCCUCACCUCGUUGUUAAAGGUCCUAUCAGCCGACUCUCAAGACUCGGAAGAAACCAUUUACUAGAGCAAACAACAUGAAACCAAACCCGACAACCUACACCAAUCAACAUUUCCAUUUUUGACUUUGAACCAUCGCCCCUUCGGUGUUACCUACCGCCUCCAAUAUCAAGCCCUGUAUUACAACACUCGAUUUGCCCACAGGCUCCCCCCCNCCCUACACACCCUCACCUCCUCCUUUAAGAAUGCUUUUCUCCUCGUGAUAGGAGGAACAUCACAAUUCAACUCUAAUGUUGUGUGAACACGGAAAGUUAUGUUCUGGCUGUGAAUAAAUUGAUCGUUUUCUCAACUUGA